CUCGGUGUUGCUUGUCUGGUGCAAGGGUUGGGCGGCGCUGGAAUUGGAGAAGCGAGGAGAUGAGCAGGAGCGCGUUCAAUGCGUUCAAGGCGCAGGUUCCCAUCGAGUGGAGCCCGCGGCUAUACAUCACUCUCGUGCGUGGUCUCCCCGGCACCCGCCGCACCCUCGAUGCCACGCGCCUCCGCCGCUGCAACCGCACCGUCCUCCAUCGCACCACCCCCUCCCUCCUCGGCAUGCUCAACCAGGACUUCUCUUCUCUUUUUUUCCCUUUUUUUUUCCCUUCCUCAUCUUCUCUCUCUUUCAAAUACACCCAAACCCGGCCUUUUUUUUUGGUUAUGUUUGAGUUCGGAGGAUGAAAUCGAUUUCAAGAAAAUUAGUGAAGAGGUUGGUGGUGGUGGAGACGGAGGCGAUGUACGAUGCCCGGAAACAGCAACAGGAGGAGCACCGAGCUCUCCGCCCUCCCAUUGUUGUCAACCAUACCCCUCCUCCUCCUCCUCCUCACACUGCGGCCGACCCUGCUCCGUAGCUGCUCUUUCGAGACCUUCCAGUGAUGAUGGUCAUCUGGUUAUGAAUUUGGAUUGGCAGCAAUGUUUGCCACAGUCUCCAUAUGCAUUUAAAUCUAACACAUUCAUUUGUCUCGGCGGAUGGGGUUCUUGUUUUCUUUCAUCCAAAGUCACUCUACUAGUACUCAUGCCCUUGCCAAAUUUGGAAGUAGAUGAGAGGCUAAUCCCCGUCUUCUAUAUCGUAUGCAUUUCAUCUCUCAAGGACUGCCGCCCAUCAAAAUUGAGCCCCAUCCCCUUAUCAUCCAAACCACUGCUCGGUGGUUCCGAAGGUUAAAUUUUGCGCAGCAAGUAGGUUAACUUUCACUACCUCCUACUUGGAGAAUUAGAGUUUUUUUUUUAUAAAAAUAAAAAUUUGAUUAUAUUAUAUCAGAAAACAAGAUGGAAAUAUGUCAAAUAAAUUUUAUCAUUUGUAAAAAGUUUGUAAAGAUAAUAUUGUAUUAAAAAUGAUGUUGAUAAUUGUGUUUUCAAUAAUAUUACAAAUAAUGCAUUCUAUUUUUCA